UUCAACGAACACAUCUCAACGCUAGGGGGCGCUGAGCAAUCUUUAAUACAGGAGGAAGUCCUGCCUGCUUAACCGAUUGGAAAUGUGAUUGGUCAAUAAGGAUGUCACUCCAAUCGGUUCCCAUUCACUUCCUUAGCAACGACCGUCAACCCGGAAGUUGUUUCAAUUCGCCGCGAAAUAAUGACAACAACUUCACCCAAUUUUGAAUUUCAGCGUUUCUAUACAUGAUGUUAAUUGGGUUUGUUUGAAUUCUGAUCAAAUAUUUAAAUAACAACCGUUACCUCGAUGCAGCGGAGUAAAGCUGCUGUGAGUUUGGAGGUAAAGCGCGUUAUUACAGCUCUUUGUAGACUGUUAGUUUCUGUUGGCCUCACCUCGGUCCCAGCGCCAGACAUUUUCAGGCGAGCAAAGUUUGGCGAGGUCACCGUGGAGGACCAGCUUUGGAAGUUGCUGCUGAAUAUUUGUCAGAUAACUUCAGACAUAAAUCUUGACAAAAGCGAAGACUCAGAGCGAAGAAGACAAGUGGCUGCAGGUCUGUGGCAGGCUGGUUACCAUGCCAGCUGGAUGUGUGAGAAGGAAGGGCGCCACCCCUCCAGCAGGGAUCUUCUGCUGGCACUGGGGUGGCUGCUUGCCACAGGAAUGCCAGAGAAACUGAUGACUCGGCAAGUCCUGCAGCUGGACAGGACUCUUCUCACACCUCCAUCUUUGACCUCUCAAAUCACUGCUGAGGUGGACUGUGACUCUUUUCGGAGACUUCAGUGGCUUGUUGGAAGUCUGAAGAACCAGGGAAGGAUCCUGCUAUCCAUGACAGAGGAGCGUGCCCGCAUUCUUCAUGCGCUACUUUCACCAAGCCAGACCUCAGCCGUGGUGUCCAAGCCAUCAUCAAACAAAUCUGUUCUGAAAGAGGAGUGUGCUGUUGUGCAGGAUCUGUGUGAGCUUUUCCAAGCAUAUUUGGAUUGGAAAACAGUGGAGAAAGUCUUCUGGACGUGGAUGGACAGCGUGGUGGACUGUCAUCAGAAUGAUGUGGAGGUUCAACCAAGGAAGAAGAAUGCAUCAUCCUGUCACCGUGUUAACCAGGAUUCCGAGCUACUGUCUGUUACACGGAAGGCAACAGAAGGCAGAUCUCUUGUUGCUCCUGACCAGAGAUCCAGACCCUUCCUCCAGAUGAGCUACAGAGCCAGGUUGCAGGCUGAGGCUUCUGUCAGACACAGCAAGGAUCCUGCUGCAGUGGACACUGUUGAGAUUCCAGCCUCGGAGGUUAUUCAGGAGCUUGCUGGUGCAGAGACUCAACUGCUGGAGACGAGGGACAGCCAGAGACAGAAGAACAGGACACAGCUGCAGGACAUAAUGGACCGCCUGGAGGGACUAGUGUUGAUACCGCCCUAGAUCCUUAUUUAUAGCCCCACAUGGUGGACAUACCAGUUCACUGCUGCUGGUACUCUACUACUACUUAACAUUCAAACAAGGAAUCGAUUGUUUUUUAAAAAUUGUUUUCAGUCAACAGUCCUAGGAAAACACCACUUUGACCAUCAUGAGGUUGGCUAUAAACUAAAUACAUUAAUUUGUGUACCAAUUUUUAUUGUCUUGUUAUUGAAAAUUUCUAUUUCCUAAAUCUGCCGUUUAUAAAAAGCGGGAUGAAUUGGAUCUUUUAGCAUCAACAGAUCACUCCAGCGUCAUGCCAGUUUGAAACAAAAAAAGUAUAAUUAUUUCUUGUUAUUAUAACUAAAAGUCUUUAAAAAAAGAAUAUGAAAGGGGAAAUAAAAUGGGUUGUGAAUGUAAAAGUAGUUGAAAAAGUUGUUAUAUAUAUGUGUGUGAGAGAGAGAAGAGGGAAAAUAUCAAGCUUUAAAAGGAAAAAAACGUACGAAAAAUAAUCUAAUUAUUAUUACGUGACAACACUGUCUGGUGUUGGAAUUGUUCAGCUCAUAAAUUACUUCCUUUCUUUAUCCCCAAAACAUGUUUUGCUUUUUUUUUUGCAGCACAAUUUGUCAACAUUGUUUAUUAACAGUCAACAUUCUCAUUAAGAUUUGACCACGAGCAUCUUCUGCAUGUAGGAGUUGAGCCAUUUCUGUCUCUCCAGGGAGGUGAGCAGCUUGCUCUUCUCUCUGAAAGCAGCGUCGUCGGCCACCACCAUGUUCCUCUUCACCAUCCCGACGUACGGAGACGACCAAUCAGCAGGCCAGGUUCUCUCCAAGCUGCAUGGAAUUUUAUUUUUUAAGUCCCCCGAAACACACUGUCGUCGCACAGAUAGCACACAGAUAUGGCACAUGGUAUCAUGAAUACCUUUCAUCAGCACCCUCUGGAGGAAAGACCCAUGCUUCCC